CGCUUCCAGCACGGUGGGAUCGGUUCAUGAAUAAUUUAUUUUCAAAGCACCGCCCCCCCCAGAGCUGAGAGAUCGGGGGGGCGGAGGGAGGGCGGCGAAGUGACCUCAGAAGCCGGCGGGGAUUGACGGAGUUUGACGGAGAUCAACGAAGCACUGCCGGAAGUGGGCGGCGAUCGCCGAAGGGCCCCCGGAGGGUGACGGAAAUGACCGAAGUUAAACGGAGGUGCCCGAACGCUGACGGAAAGAGACGGAACUGGCCGAAACACUGGCGGAAGUUAUCGAAAGCCUCCGCCUGCUCCUUUAACACCGCCCGCGGCAGGACGGGGCCCCGUGACGUCACUCCCAGCCCAGCCAAUGAGCAUCCAGGAGGCCCGGCCGGCUGUGACCCCCCCCCGAGGACCCCCGGAGCAGCAACACCCAGUCCAUGAGGGCCCCGCGCACAGGUGGCCGGCGCGGGGAUGGCUCCGGUCGUGGAGGUGUCGGACGCCGGGCACUGCCGGGCGCUGCUGCUGGAGCUGAACGAGCAGCGCCUGCGGGGCCAGUUCUGCGACGUCACCAUCAUCGCCGAGGACACCAAGUUCCGCGCCCAUAAAAACGUCCUGGCCGCCUCCAGCCCCUUCUUCAAGCGGGCGCUGGCCCAGGAGCCCAGCUGCCCCUCGCCCGCCCAGGUGCUGGAGCUGCCGGGCGUCCAGGCCGGCGUCUUCUCCGACGUCCUCAACUUCAUCUACAACUCGCGCCUGGCCGUGCCGUCGCCGGCGGCCGCGCGGGCGCUGGGGGCCGUGGGCCGGCGCCUCGGCAUCCCCUCGCUGCAGGGGCUGGAGGCCGGGCCCCCGCCGCGGGACGCGAACGGCAGCUGGACCCCCCCUGCGCCGGCGGGGCCGGCGGGGGACCCCCGCGCUCCCGCGGCCCCCGUGGACCUCACCUGCCCGGCGCGGCCCGGCGAGGCGGCGGGCGGCGAGACGGCGCCCGCCGGCGGGGACACGGGGACGGCGCCGCCCUCGCCGGCGUCGCCGGCGUCGCCCCCGUCGGCGUCGCUGCGCUGCGGGCUGUGCGGGCGCGGCUUCAGCUCGGCGGCGGCGCUGGGCUUCCACGCCAAGCUGCACCGCGGGCGCCGCGGGCUGUGCUGCCGCCACUGCGGCAAGAGCUUCAUCCACGUCAAGCGCCUGCAGACGCACGAGGUCGGCUGUCGCGACGGGGACGGCGACGACAACAACGCCGCCGCCGCCGCCGCCGCCGCCGGCACCGGCGCCGCGGCGGCGCCGAAAGCGGCCAAGAAGGCGCUGCUGCUGCGACACCGCGCGCUGGAGCCGGGCGCGGAGCAGGAGCCGCUGGUGAAGGUGGUGGACGGGCAGGUGCUGUACCUGUGCGGGGUGUGCCAGCGCUCCUACAUGACGCUGUCCAGCCUCAAGCGCCACGCCAACGUCCACUCGUGGCGCCGCAAGUACCCGUGCCGCUACUGCGACAAGGUGUUCGCGCUGGCCGAGUACCGCACCAAGCACGAGGUGUGGCACACGGGCGAGCGCCGCUACCAGUGCAUCUUCUGCUGGGACACCUUCGUCACCUACUACAACCUCAAGACGCACCAAAAAGCCUUCCACGGCAUCAGCCCGGGGCUCAUCGCCUCCGAGAAGACGCCCAACGGCGGCUACCGGCCCAAGCUCAACGCACUCAAGCUCUACCGCCUGUUGCCCAUGCGGGCGCACAAGCGGCCCUACAAGACCUACAGCCAGGGCGCGGUGCCCGACGGGGCGCUGCCGCCGCCGGCCGCGCCGGGAGACGCCGCCGGCGCCGCCUAUCCCCCCGCGCCGCGGCCGGAGCCCGCCUCGGUCAUCGCCUACGGCCGCGCCGCACCGUCGGUCAUCGUGCGCGGCGGCGGCGGCGGCGGCGGCGGCAGCGGCGCGGCCUCGGUCAUCGCCUACAACGGCCGGGCGGGCGAGGAAGCGCCGGGGCUGCCCGAGGCGCCGGCGGCCGCGCCGGUGACGCCGGCGGUGCCCAUCAAGAAGCAGGUGCUGCGCGAUUACAUCGAGGCGCAGCGCGCGGCCGCGGCCGCGGCCACCGAGGGCAGCGCCGCCCCACAAAACCCCGCCGGCGGCGGCUCCGGCGGCUCCGGCGGCGGCUCCGGCCGCACCAUGACCUACGUGGCCAAGCCGGCGUACGCGGGCUCGGCGGCGGGCGAGGGGCUGUGCCAGAUCACCGUGCGCAUCGGCGAGGAGGCCAUCGUCAAGCGCCGCAUCUCCGGCACCGACCUGCGCGGCGACGGCGCCGAGGCGCGGCGCGGGGACGACGACAGCGACGCCGAGGACCGGCUCUGGCGGCCCUACUACUCCUACAAGCCCAAGAGGAAGGCGGGCGGCGCCGCCGCGACCCCCGGCGCCGCUCCCGGCGCGACCCCCGCGGCCAAGAAGCCGCGCUGGCGGCGCAAGCUGCGCUCGCUGCGCUGGGCGCCGGGCGACGACGGCGAGGGCGACUCGACGCCGCGCCGCCGGGAGCGGCACCACGCGUGCCGGGUGUGCGGGAAGAGCUUCCCGGCGCUGCGCAAGCUGCGAAAGCACCAGCGGGGACACGAGGGGACGGCGGCGGCGGGGACAACGGCGGGGACGGGCCGCGUGGGCCGGCGGCCGUCGCUGCGCUUCGCCUGCCCCACCUGCGCCAAGGUGUGCAAGACGGCGGCCGCGCUCAGCCGCCACGCCCAGCGCCACCGCCCGGGGUCACCGCCGGGGUCACCGCGGGGGUCACGGCCGGGGUCACCGCGGGGGUCAGCACGGGGGUCACCGCCGGGGUCACGGCCGGGGUCGCCGCCGCGGUCGCCACCGGGGUCGCCAGCGCGGUCGCCGGCCCCGCCGACUGUCAUCGCCUACACCCCGCCGGCCGCGGGCAGGGAGGAGACCCCGGCGGAUAAAGGGGGGGUCCCGCCGCCCCCCGGGGUCACCGGGCCGGAGCCGCCGCCCGCGGGUGACACCGGCGGCGGGGCGGGGGGCGGCGCGGGGGGGUUCCCGGUGCAGGAGCAGCCGCUGGCGCUGCUCUGCCGGGCCGGGGGGGGGGACCCCGAGCUCGGGGACGGCGCCGGGGGGACACCGAGGGGGGGUCCCCGCGUCCCCCCGGCCCCCCCCGCCUUCCCGGUGCCCUUCGGGCCCCGCCUGGUGGCCGCCUACCCCUUCCCCUUCCCCCUCCCCCUCGCCCUCGUCCUGCCCGACCCCGAGCGCGGCUUCUUGGCGGGGGGAGGGGCCGGGGGGCCGUCCUCGUGCAAAGGGAGGUUCCUGGCGCGGAGGUGA